AUGGCAUACACUCCUAAAGCGCGUGUGCAGAAGCCCGCACCACACUUCUCAGGCACGGCUGUCGUCGAUGGUACAUUUGAAGAACUCAGUCUAACAGCCUACACCUCGACUAAACAAUGGCUGGUUCUCGGUUUCAUCCCCAUGGCCUGGACCUUCGUGUGCCCCACCGAGAUCAUUGCAUUCAGCGACCGCGCGGCUGACUUCGCAUCACGGGGUGCAUCAGUUGUGUUCGCAAGCACCGACAGCGAGUAUAGUCUGCUCGCGUGGACGAACGCGAGUCGGAGGGAUGGCGGACUGGGCAAGAUUAAUAUUCCGCUGUUGAGUGAUAAGAAUCAUAGUCUCAGCAAGGAUUACGGGGUGUUGAUUGAGGACGAGGGAAUCGCGUUGAGGGGCCUGUUCUUGAUUGACCCUAAUGGCGUGAUUAGACAGAUCACCAUCAACGAUCUCCCCGUUGGCCGCAGUGUAGAUGAGACGCUGCGUUUGCUUGACGCCUUCCAGUUCACCGACAAAUACGGCGAGGUCUGUCCCGCAAACUGGAACCCCGGUGCCGAAACCAUCAAAGCCACUCCCGAAGGCAACAAAGCCUAUCUCUCCAAAAUCCACCACGGUGUCGGCGAUACCAAAAUGGCCGACUCUUCCUCCAACGGUACGGUCCCUAAAUCCGGACCCACCGCUAUCAAUGGACACUGA